CAUUUCAGUGCGCGUUCGAAUUUUGUUGACACAAAUUGACAUACAAAAGUGGGAUAUACGAAAAAGGCACAAGCGAAUUGUAAAAAAAAACUCAUAAAACGUAAAGGAAGAAAAAUAGGUGUGACAGCGCGUUGUGAAGAAAAUACAUAAUAAUCGAAUAAAUUUGUGCAAAACUUAUAUUAAAUUGUGUAGUAGGAACGCGUUGAAAUAGUUGAAACGCGUGAAAAAGUUGCAGCAUGCAAAGUCCGAGAACGAAUGCAGUCAAUGGAGCAAUACAGUCGCUGCCCAGUACAUUGGCUCAACUCGCGCUAAGGGAUAAACAGCCUCCGCAGCUGCCACAGACACAGCCACCAAGCGUGCCCAACAAGAGUCAUCUGGUCGAAGGCACCUCGGCCACCAAUGGCGGUGGAGGCGGUGUAGGUAGCAAUGUAGCUGGCAGCGGCGUUGCCGAUUCGAACAAAGUGACCACCGAGCUGCAGGAGAAGGAAAACCAAAAUCAACUACAGCAGAAGCAGAAACCGCCACUGCCUGUGCGCAACAAACCAAUGGAAAUAGCGGGUUAUGUCGGCUUCGCCAAUCUGCCAAAUCAAGUUUACCGUAAAGCGGUAAAACGUGGAUUCGAGUUUACAUUGAUGGUUGUGGGUGCUAGUGGAUUAGGCAAAUCAACAUUGAUCAAUUCCAUGUUCUUAGCUGAUAUAUAUAAUGCGGAACAAUAUCCUGGUCCAUCACUACGCCGCAAGAAGACUGUUGCCGUAGAAGCUACGAAGGUGCUUCUCAAAGAGAAUGGUGUAAAUUUAACGCUCACUGUAGUUGACACACCUGGCUUUGGUGACGCUGUCGAUAACACAAAUUGUUGGGUUCCCAUACUUGAAUAUGUUGACAACAAAUACGAGGAAUACUUGACUGCUGAGUCACGCGUCUACCGCAAACAGAUUCCAGAUAAUAGAGUACAUUGCUGUUUGUAUUUCAUUGCGCCAUCCGGACAUGGUUUGCGACCAUUAGACAUCGCUUGCAUGCAGAGUCUCUCUGACAAAGUGAAUCUCGUGCCCAUCAUAUCCAAAGCGGACACAAUGACACCAGAUGAGGUGCAUCUAUUCAAAAAACAAAUUCUCAAUGAAAUUGCACAGCACAAAAUUAAAAUAUACGACUUCCCUUCCACUAUCGAAGAUGCAGCCGAGGAGGGAAAAACAGCACAGAAUUUGCGCGUACGCGUGCCAUUUGCUGUUGUGGGUGCCAAUUCCAUAAUUGAAAUGGAUGGCAAGAAAGUACGUGGCCGGCGUUAUCCUUGGGGUUUGGUUGAAGUGGAAAAUCUAGCUCAUUGCGACUUUAUCGCGCUACGCAACAUGGUUAUACGCACACAUUUACAGGAUUUGAAAGAUGUUACCAACAAUGUGCACUACGAAAAUUAUCGUUGCCGCAAAUUAUCUGAGCUUGGUCUAGUCGAUGGCAAAGCACGCUUAUCAAAUAAAAACCCCUUGACACAAAUGGAAGAAGAAAAACGCGAACAUGAGCUAAAAAUGAAGAAAAUGGAAGCCGAAAUGGAACAAGUGUUCGAUAUGAAAGUGAAGGAGAAAAUGCAGAAAUUGAAGGAUUCUGAGCUUGAGUUAGCGCGACGUCACGAGGAACGCAAAAAAGCGCUGGAAUUGCAAGUGCGAGAGCUUGAGGAGAAGAGGCGCGAAUUCGAGCGAGAAAAGAAGGAAUGGGAGGAAGCUAAUCAUAUCACACUUGAGGAAUUGAAGCGACGCAGUCUUGGCGCUAACAGUAGUAGCGACAAUGUUGAUGGCAAAAAGGAGAAGAAAAAGAAGGGACUGUUCUAAAUUUUAAAGCACUAAUCCUAGAAACAGUAUUCGAGUAACUAGAAACACACAAAGUAGCAGAAGAGAAGUUAAUGAAAAAAUCAAAGUAAAAGCAAAGCGAAGAAAGACCAGCUGAUGCGGGUGGCCGAGAAGGUAAUACGAUGACGAUAACGAUGAUGAUUAUAUGUAGACGAUGACGAUGUUCAUGACGAAUUGUGUUAAGUAAUAAAAUACCUAAAAUUGUAUUUAAAAUACUACUUUACAAAGCAAGCAACCGAAGCAAACACACAACCCUUAAAACGAUUCCCCAACCCCCUCAGCUAAUACACGAGUAUCGUUCAUACUCCUUGCAUUAAUUAUAACACUAUUACCUACUAUACAUACCUACAUAAAUAUAAUAAAAUAUAUAUAAUAAAGUCUUCUUUA